UCAGCAGUCAGGAUAAAGGGGAUGCUUUUGUGCUUCCCCUGCAGAAGGGCUCAGUGUGCUUUGCGGAGGGGACCUGGCUCUGUUCAGAGUCCUAAUGCGGAUGGGAGCGCUCCAAGAGUGAAGUUGAGUCUUUGCUAGGUCCGACCUGGAGAACUCAACUUGUGAGCAAGGAUGCAUCGAAUGAUGAAAGAAGAAUCAAGUUUCAGGACAAGCAGCCUGGAGAAAGUGACGCGGGACCCAAGCAAAGAAAAGCUGCACAUGAAGCUCUGCAGUGGGUCCUGCCACGCCGAGCAGAUCCUCCAGACACUCAACUCCUACAGGCAAAGUGGCAUCUUCACUGAUGUGGUGCUGUUAAUUGAUGGACAAGAGUUCCCCUGCCACCGUGCCACUUUGUCAGCCAACAGCACCUACUUCAGGGCCAUGUUUGGUGGCAACCUCAAGGAAGGCCACCAGGAUAUCAUUAAUAUCCAGAAGAUACCUGCUUCCACUAUGUCUCUCCUUCUUGAUUAUAUGUAUGGGGGCAGCAUCAUCAUUCAGGAGGACAAUGUCGAAAGCAUCUUGGAACUGUCUGACUUGCUGCAGAUCUCCAAGCUCAGAGAUGCCUGUGUCACCUUCCUCGAAGGCCAGCUUCACCCAUGCAAUUGCUUGGGCAUCAUGAAGUUUGCCGAUUCGUUCUCCAUUGCUUCUCUGACAGAGAAGAGCAAGAGGUUCAUGCUCGAGUGUUUUGUGGAGGUGUCGUGCCAUGAGGAGUUCCUGGAGAUGGAUGUGAAGGAGCUGGUUGAGUAUCUGUCUGAUGAGGAGCUGGUGGUCCCCAAGGAGGAAGUGGUCUUUGAGGCAGUCAUGCGCUGGGUACAGCACGAUGUACCUGCCAGGAAGGGAGCCUUGAAGGACCUCCUUGAACAUGUACGCCUGCCCCUCCUCAACCCCACCUACUUCCUGGAGAAGGUGGAAAUGGAUGGGCUCAUCCAGGACUCUAAGGAGUGCAUUCCUCUACUGCAUGAGGCCCGCAAGUACUACAUCCUGGGGAACGAGGUCAGCUCGGUGCGAUCAAGACCCAGAAGGUUCAUGGAGCUGUCAGAAGUCAUCAUUGUCAUUGGUGGCUGUGAUAAGAAAGGGCUUCUGAAGCUGCCCUUCACUGACCUCUACCACCCAAAGAGCAGGCAGUGGACAGCACUCUCCAGCGUGCCUGGCUACACCAAGUCAGAGUUUGCUGCCUGCACACUGAAGAAUGAUGUUUACAUAUCAGGAGGACACAUCAGCAGCAACGAUGUCUGGGUGCUGAGCUCCCAGUUGAACGUCUGGAUCAAGGUUGCUUGCCUACAGAAAGGCCGAUGGAGGCACAAAAUGGCAGCUCUUCAGGGCAAGAUCUAUGCUGUGGGAGGCUUUGAUGGCUUUUACCGCCUCUCCAGCCUGGAGUGCUAUGACACCUUCUCCAACACUUGGUCAACCUUGGCCCCGCUGCCUCAGGCUGUGAGCUCGGCGGCUGUGGUCUCCUGCCUCAACAAGCUCUAUGUGCUGGGAGGUGCUGUGGAUGACACUGCUAACACCGACAAGGUCCAGUGUUAUGACCCAGAGGACAACAAGUGGACGCUCUUGUCUCCCACCCCUUUCUAUCAGCGGUGCAUCAGCGCCGUCUGCUUGGACAACAUCAUUUAUGUUGUGGGUGGACUCCUCAGUAAGAUCUUCAGCUAUGACCCAAGGAAAGACAGCUGGAGAGAAGUGGCCGCCCUCCCUGGGCCUCUGGAGAGCUGUGGCCUGACGGUGUGUGGAGGGAAGAUCUACAUCCUGGGUGGCCGGGAUGAGAAUGGGGAAGGCACGGACAAGGCAUUUACUUUCGACCCGGUGACUGGAAGUGUGGAGCAGCAGCCACCACUGCAGCGCUGUACCAGUUACCACGGCUGUGUGACCAUACUGCAGCACACCAACAGAUGACCACAGGGCUUCAACCGCAUCCACUUCCCACCCAGAGCUUCCCCUUGAGACAGUGGCCAUGCAGCAUGUCGACAGACCCCUCGUCUUUGUAUGGGGAAGGGCAGUAGAAGCCACUGAAGAUGCUCCAGCCAGCCCCUGAUGGUGGCCUGAUGAUGCCAAUGGCUUUGAUGCUGAUCUAGGUGAGAGGAUGAAAAGGUGCUGGGCUCUGUGAAGCUGCAUUGGAGACCUUGCCACAGCAGGAUUCAAGCAUCCUUGCAGCCCUUCUGACUGUUGAAUUUGACCUUUACUUAGGUUUUUGUGGCUAUAGAUGACACCUUUCCUUUAUGCUGGCAGCAGAGGUGCACAGUCCUACAAGGACAUAUAACUGCUGCUUUCUGAUGCCAAGACUGCUGCAGUAACAAAUUAUAGUUACAGGAUCCAAUCCUUUAGCUAAAGCUAUCAGGUAUUUAUCUCUGUAGAACCCUGGUUCAGACCAUGGUGGUGAUCUAAAUGGUCAUUAAUGUCAAUGAGGAAUUAGACCCAUCACAGUGGAAAGCUGAGAUUGAGACUUCAAUACUAUGUUCCAAGAAAAUCUCUGCACUCUGUUCCCAAAAGCCUGGUUAAAUAGUGGCUCCAUUCUGCAUGUGCUGUAUGAGGGUCUAUUCCCUUAAAGCCUAGAUUUCUGUCUCUUUUCAUAUAUGCUUUGUGGUUGGGUUGCUCUCUCACUGUGUCUUUGUCAUUGAGAGGACAAGUGGAUGAUGUAGCCAAGAGUUCCUUCUUCAGAAAGCAGAAGUAGGGGGGAAUAUUAACAUGAAGGAAUGAAGCAUGAAGACCUGAAGCAUGGUAGCCAUAGAAUUGCAUCUGGCUCAUUUUGGCUCUGCAGUAUGCUAGCAAGUAUUAAAAUAAACUCAACAGAUUUGAUACAGAAUCCCUUGGAGCCAGAAUGUGCAGCUAAUUCGAAGGGCGAGUGUUUAAUUAUACACACAGUGCUGCUCCAAGCCAGUUGGUCUCAGGUCUAGAAAUGAUCCUGAGUGCAUCUGAUAAGGUAGAAUAACCAUAGAUUUUGAUGUCACUGUCUUUACUCCAA